AUGGCAGAUACAGCAGUAGCUUCCGAAACUCCCGCUCCGGCGACUCCGGCGAAAAAACCGAAGGCCGCCGCUACUGCAGCAGGUGGUGCAAAGAAGCCCAAGGCGAAACCCACUCAUCCGAAGACUUCCGAAAUGGUCACCAGCGCAAUUAAAGAGCUGAAAGAGCGCAGUGGAUCAUCUUUGCAAGCGAUAAAAAAAUAUAUUGCCGCUCAAUAUAAAGUCGACGCUGAAAAACUAGCUCCGUUCAUCAGAAAGUACCUGAAGAGCGCAGUCGAAUCGGGUGCGCUUAUACAGACAAAGGGCAAGGGGGCUUCCGGUUCCUUUAAGCUUGAAUCAAAAUCGUCCGCCUCUAAGAAACCGUCGACGGGUAAGAGCAGCGGUGGCGCAAAGAGCGGCGCGUCCGCCGCUAGCUCGGUGUCGGCGAAGGUGAAGAAGAGCACCGCCGCGGGUAAGGGUAAAAAGGCAGCAUCGGCAGCGACCGCAUCAUCACCGUCUAAGGCAAAACCGUCUGCAGCUACCAAGGACAAGAAGGCGGCCGCCGCGAAAAAGAAGCCGGCAGCCGCAAGAAAAUCCGCAACCGCUGGCCAAAGCGGCGUUUCUAAGGCGAAAGGCGCCGCUUCGAAGGCGAAAAAGAGCGCCAAACCACCGACAAAGAAACCUAAGGCUCCAAAACCGAAGAAGGCGGCAACACCCAAAUCGAAGCCUUCCGCGGUGGCAUCGAAGAAGGCAGCCGCUUCUAAAAAGUAA